AUGAGUACUCCUGAAUUUUUUGAUGGUACAACGAAGCAAGUUGAAAACAAUCAAUUUGAAUCUGAGAAAUUAAAAGUUUAUAUUUAUUAUACACCAUUGCCUGUGGACGGUUUAGAAUUAAAUGAAAAUGAAACAACAAAAACAUUUGUGUUUGUUACAUCAAUGGACACUAGCAAUCAAACUGCAAAAAAGAGUUUUGAUUACGCAACAACGUUAAUUAACGAAAAUCGUUUCGAUUAUUUUUAUGAAACACAAGUUCAAUUAUGGAAUCAAAUAUGGUCGAAUGGUCGUAUCGAUAUAGAAGGCGAUGAAGAUUUACAACGACAAAUUAAUAGUGCCUAUUAUUAUCUGUUAAGUUCAUUACCUGCUCUACAUACAAAAUCUGAUAAAAAACAGUUUUACGGUUUGAGUCCUGGAAGUUUGAGUAGAGGCGGAAAAUUGGGAGAAGACUAUGGAGGUCACUCAUUUUGGGAUACUGAAACGUGGAUGUAUCCAGCAAUACUCAUGUUUUAUCCAACUUUGGCAAAAGAUAUAUUAUCCUAUCGUAUUGCAUUAAAAGAUUCAGCUAUCGAUAAUGCAAUAAUAUUUAAUUAUACUGGAUGGAGGUUUCCAUGGGAAAGUGCAAGAACAGGUGUUGACGUCACUCCAGAAUGUUGUCCUGAAGUAAGACUAUAUCAAAUGCACAUAACUGGUGAUAUUGCAUUCGCUGCUCGGCAAUACGUCUCAGCAACACGAGAUAUGGAUUGGCUAACAUCAGAUGAACAGAUGGGUGGACAACUCAUUCAUGAAACAGCCAAAUUUUGGGCAUCGAGAGCAGUUUAUAAUAAUAAUAGACAAAAAUACGAAAUACUAACUGUUCUACCUCCAGAUGAGGAUGCACAACCGUUUAAGAAUAAUUCCGUGUAUACAAAUGCAAUUGCAUCAUUAUCAAUUGAUUUGGCUAAUCGUGUGAGUUGUAUAACAAACAAAAUUGUGCCAUCUCAAUGGUUAGAUGUUGCUAACAAUUUAUAUUUUCCAUUUGACUCACAGUUACAAAUAUAUUUAGAAUAUGAACAUUUUAAUAUACAAACUGCAAAAAUAAAACAAGCCGAUGUUGUAUUAUUGGACUUUCCGUUAAUGUGGCCGAUGAAUGAAACUGUAAGACGUAACAAUUUAUUAAUGUACGAAAACAUAACAAGAGACGAUGGUCCAGCUAUGACAUGGAGUAUGCAUGCAGUCGGAUUUCUUGAACUUAAUGACAUAGCUAAAGCAGAACACUUGUUUCGACGUAGUUAUCAAACCUAUGUUAGACCGCCAUUCAAUGUAUGGACAGAAGCACGUUCAGGUGUUGGUGCUGUUAAUUUUAUUACGGGUGCUGGUGGUUUUCUACAGUCAGUUCUCUUUGGUUAUGGUGGCAUUCGCUUAAGAUUCGAACAACUAGAAUUUUUUCCAACACUACCACCUGGAACAAACACAUUUACGUUUUAUGGUUUAAAAUAUCUUGGUUCAACAUUCGAUGUUAAAAUGGAUUCAAAACAAUAUGAAUUAAGUGUUAUCGAAAUGAAUAAUCAAAAUAUUGAAUUAAGUUACGACUAUGGUGGGCAGCAAGGAAAAUUAAAAGGUAUUAACGAUCGAAUAUCUGUACCAAUUAAAACUCGUUUAACUAUUCGUUCAAUUGACACAAUUUGCAAAGAAACAACAAAUAAAGCAAUAACAACAAGAAUACAAAAUUUACUAAUGCAACUAACAAUGUUCUGCAUAUAUUUGUUUCGACAUUAA